AUGGAUUUCGUCACGCACAUGCCGAAGUCAGAACGAGGGAAUACUUUCCUCCUCCUGUUCCAGGACAUGUUCUCAGGAUUCGUAAUGUGCAAACCAAUGCCAUCCACAACAGCUCUGGAUGUAGCCGAAGCGUAUGAAGAGUGGGUGUUCAGGAUAUUUGGCGCUUCAGAAAUGAUCCGCCAUGAUCAGGACCCGAGGUUCGUGAGUGAAGUAUUCACGCGUUUCAGGGAACUCCUGGGUAGUCGUCAAAGGUCCACUCUGAGCUACCGACCUCAGGCCAACGGGCAACAAGAGCGAUCCGUUCAGACUGUGAGGGCGUAUGCCGCCGAGGCAGAUCAGUCGGACUGGGAUGACCAUGCCGAGGGACUGAUGUUCGCCCUGAACACAUCAACCCGCCUGGAUACACCAUUCUAUUUGAACCGUAGGACUGUAUCCUCCGUGUUGGGACCUAAGCCGUCCCGCCUUCCAGAACGAACUGCAUAUGAAUGGAGGAGAAAGUUUCAGCGCGACUAUAGUUAUGCGCGAGCCUGUGCUAGGGACCUCCAGAAGAAAGCAAAGCGCAUGAGAUCGGAGGCUCAGAUCCAGCGGUGGAGGGAGCACUCGGAGCGUUGGCAGUCUGGAUUCGAAAGGUGCAACGCAGUCUGGUUGUAUAUACCUAAGAUGCAACCAGGAUUGAGUCACAAGCUGACACACUUAUGGCAUGGUUCAUUCAGAAUCGAUGGGGUCCACGAUGAUUUCAGGGUAAAGUUGAAAAUCGAUGGAACCGGAUACCGCGUGAACGCAUGGGUGCAUGUAAGUCGCCUGAAACCGCGGGAAUUGUUCCCGAGGAGACCCUUCGAUGAAGUCACCCUGGAUAAAAAUGACGAACUGGAUGCUGAAUUGUUACGUGAGGACGGUUGGGAAGCAGACAGCUAG